AUGUCCUCCUCGCUUCAAAUUGUUCUUCUGCCACAACAAGCUGCUGUAAAACUCCGGCUUGGGAUAUUUUUAAUUUCAGCAGCAAUAUUUGUAGCAACAGCAGCAGCUGAAGUAUCCAAUUCCAGCUGCAACAGAACAUGUGGAUCGCUUGAAAUCCCCUACCCAUUUGGAACAUCCAAAGGCUGCUACUUUAACUUAUCUUUUCUUAUUACUUGUAAGUCCUCCUCCUCUAGCACGAGUACUCCAACACCAUAUUUGCGUGUUAGUAACAUAAAGGUAUUGAACAUAUCAUUGGAUGGUGAACUGCGAGUCUCAGCUUCUGUAGCCCGUGAUUGUCCACAGAAAUCAAACUAUAAUUCCAGCAAAAACAAUACCAAUCUCACCCUGCAAAAGUUCCCCAUCUCGUAUUCGAAGAACGUGUUCACCGCCAUCGGUUGCGACACUAUGGGGCUCAUUUCAAGUUCAGCCUCAGAUAAGAAUUAUAUGACAGGAUGCGUUUCACUCUGUGACAGCAUCGACAACAUGGUUAACGGUUCUUGCUCUGGCAUAGGCUGUUGCCAGACUCCUAUUCCAGAUGGAAUAAAAGAUUUGAAUGUGUUGGCUGGGAGCCUUGAAAACCACUCCAAAGUGAUGAAAUUCAAUCCAUGUAGUUUCGCCUUUGUGGUGGAAGAAAAAGCAUACAAGUUUUCCACCUUAGAUCUUCAGAAUAUGCAGGGUAAACGUGAUUUUCCCUUGGUGCUAGAUUGGGCAGUUGGGAAGCAGACAUGCAAAGAUGCCAAGAAAAAUACUACAGAAUACGCAUGUAAGGCAGCGAAUAGUGAAUGUUACGAUUCCACAAACGGUCCUGGGUAUCGCUGCAACUGCUCCUUAGGCUAUGACGGAAACCCAUAUCUCUCUCGUGGUUGCAAAG